AGACAAUAAAGAUGGAUAUAAAUAAUACUAGAUACUACCGGUUUUAAUGUUACUGUAUCUUAUAUGCAACUGGAAGUUUGACAGUACAUGAUAAGGGUGGGGGCCACAGUGCGCAGCCAUAUUGGCUACUUGUGACUUUUGGGAGGAAGCGAGCAAAAAAUAAUACAACUUUUCUCAUUUCUACGUGAAAAAAUGUUGCCUUCAAGGAUUUUUCAUUGAUUUCACACGUUGGUCUUGAUAGCGCAUAUACUAUUAUAAUAGAACAUAUAAUCAUUUUUACAAGCUCAACCUUUUUUACGAAAAAUGAGUUUCUUUGGGUUUGGUCAAUCGGCUGAUAUAGAAAUUACUUUGGAUGAUGCAGAAACCAGAAAGACUGCAGACAUUAAAUCUGAAGAUGGUAAAAAAGAGCGCCACUUGUUAUACUAUGACGGUGAAACUGUUUCUGGAAAGAUUAAUAUUAGUCUUAGGAAAGCUGGUAAAUUAGAGCAUCAAGGUGUAAAAGUAGAAUUUAUUGGACAAAUUGAAUUAUAUUAUGAUAGAGGAAAUCAUCAUGAAUUCACAAGCCUAGUUAAAGAAUUAGCUAGGCCAGGAGAAUUAACUCAUAAUACAGUGUAUACUUUUGAAUUUGCAAAUGUAGAAAAGUCAUUUGAAAGUUAUACAGGAUCUAAUGUACGAUUGAGAUAUUUUCUCAAAGUUACAAUUGUUCGAAGACUUAGUGAUAUUGUUAAAGAACUUGAAUUAGUUGUGCAUACUCUUAGUUCCUAUCCAGAUAUGAAUAAUCCUAUUAAAAUGGAAGUUGGAAUUGAAGACUGUUUGCAUAUUGAAUUUGAGUAUAACAAAAGCAAAUAUCACUUAAAAGAUGUUAUUGUUGGAAAAAUAUAUUUUCUUUUGGUUAGAAUAAAAAUCAAACAUAUGGAAAUUGCCAUAAUAAAACGGGAAACUACUGGUUCUGGUCCACAUACAUUCACAGAAAAUGAAACUAUAGCAAAAUAUGAAAUAAUGGAUGGAGCACCUGUCCGAGGCGAAUCUAUCCCUAUAAGAGUAUUUUUAGCAGGGUAUGAUUUAACACCUACAAUGCGUGACAUCAAUAAAAAAUUCAGUGUUAGAUAUUAUCUUAAUUUAGUUCUUAUGGAUGAAGAAGAUCGUAGAUACUUUAAACAACAAGAAAUAACGUUAUGGAGAAAAGGUGAAAAAAGUAGAAAAUCUCAAACUGCUUCACCACAUAUGCCAUCACAUUUAGUAUCGGCAGAAACAGGAUUUCCACAAGGAGCUGCUCAAAAUGGUCCGCCAUCUGUAUCUCCACCAGUUCAACAAUUGCCAUCUAGUAAUAUUACCAAUGUAGAGGAUGCACAAGCACCUAUAGAAAGCAUGACACGUGAAGAAGGAGAUGGUGAAGGUGCAAAAGAAGUUAAUUCUGAAAGUAACUGAAUUUUUGCAUAUAAAACAGUUACUAAAGUCAAUGGAAGUUUUACUAAUUCAAAGAAUAAGUAAUAACUUCACACAGAACUAGUAGUUUUAAAUGGAACUUCUCUUGUAUUGUAAAGAGAGAUUGAAUUUUAGGAAUUAUGAAAAAUUGAAACAUCUGCAAAUAAAGUUGUAAAUAUUUUGGAUACCUAUAAAUAAUGCGGAUGAUUAAAUUGAUAGAGUAGCCAAUUAUCGAUCAAAAUUUCAAAUUACUGAGAUUUAUAAAUAACAUAUUACAGUGUCUAAUGGGACAGAUCUGAAAUAAUUAAACAGAAAAAAUAAUAUAAAAAAAAAAUAAUUCAACUAUAUAAAAUGGAUAUUCAUAAAUGGACAAUUUAAUAACUGAAUAUUAAUCAGUGGUAUAUUCUUGAACAGCAUCUGAAUGUUACAGUGUUCAGAAUAUUUUAUACAACCAUAUUAUGUGUUAUAUUCUUAAAGAUCUUUAUCAAAAUCUUUUGUGUUAUAUUAUUAGAUCUCUCAAAUGACUAAUUUGUCAUAUGAGAGUUUUAUAAAUCUGAAAUGAAUAUACAUAUACUCACAAUGGCUGCCCUAUUUUAAUCCAUUCACCUAGUCUGCAACUGAUAUGAUAAAGGCACUGGGAAAUACGCUUUUAUAUAUAAUAAAAACUAUUAUCAAAAUAAUUUUUGGGAAAAUGUGAUUUUUUUCAAUAAAAAGUUUUUAUUGAUAUUUGCAAUAAAUAUAAUUAUGAAAUAUGUUAAGACAUAUAUGCACUUCAUAUAUGAUAUAAGAUCAAUAAUUCUGUCCCACUAACUAAAAUAGUAUAUUUGUAUAUACAAAUCACUGAAUUGUAUAUGCUAAUUAAUUUUUUAAUAGAAUUUUUAUGCAGUUUCAAGAAUCAUAUGUAAAUCAUUGUAAGAAAUACAUGCCUUAGCAUGCUUAUUCAAUUUUUGUAUGCCUUUAUUAAUAUAAGAGUGGACUAUGAUAGAUUAAAAAAUGGGAUAGCCCCACAUGUAUUUAUAAAUAUAUAUAUAUAUAUAUAUAUACAUGUUGCAAUAUGUGUGUGGAUAUAUACAUGCAUAUAUAUGAUUUUUAAUGAUAGCAGUAGUUACAGACUGGUUAUAUAUACACACACACACAAGUAUCCACGUUUAUUGUAAUAAUGAAAUGCGUUUAGAUAGUACCAUGAUUAUUACCGCGAUGAAAAUUAUAUCCCGAUAAAUAUCUAUCGUUUUGUACAAUUCUAUGUUAACAUAGGUUGACCAAGGAUCUUGUUCAAAAAAAGAAAAUAAUAGUCAACCGUGUAUAUUUCGAGAAUUUUCUUUUAUGUAAAUUAAAAUUUUCAUAUUUCACGCCUUUGUUAUUUGUUGACAAGAAAGAUAUAUGUGUAAAAGAAAAAAAGCAAAACUAUUUGUGAAUUAUUUGACAUGUCAAAUAUUGUAUAUACAUAUACAUAUUGUCAUACGAUAUAAAACUAGCUGCAUAUUUUAAUGCCCACAUAAAUAUAUUAUACAUUGCAUACAGUGUGCCUUUGUGUGCACGUGUAUCGGAAAACAUUA